AUGGCGCCGCAGUAUAUGCCUGUGGAUCACGCAUACGCGGCGGUGAGCACCGCCAAUUCAAGCUUCGACUCUCCAGACUGGAAAUGGUCGCGGAGUGACGACAUCCUGGACGGCGCAUAUGUCCCUUAUAUCUGUGAAGCCAUUCUUGUAUUGCUCAUCUUCACCCUUUGCAUCCUCGACCACAGAUUCACCAAAGCCUUACGCGCAGACCAGAGUCAAAAUCCAUACGCCGUCUACGAAGCAGCAGCCGAACGCGAAUUCGCAGACUGGCGAUCCGAGUGGGAGACAAAAUUUCCAGACCUCUUCAUCGGCCAUGCAAUAUGCACAAUCUGCUUCGACCCCAUCGGCGACCGAGAGCUGAUCCGCGGACUGCCUUGUCUGCAUGUAUUUCACAAGAACUGUAUGGAUACUUGGUUUGAGGCCUUACACGUUACUUGCCCGCUGUGCAAGCAGAACAUUCUCAAGCUACCUUCGCCAUGCUAUCGAUCAGCUUCCGAACAAGUAUAA